GCACCGGAAGACGGAGGUCCUCUUUCCUUGCCUAACGCAGCCAUGGCUCGUGGUACCAAGAAGCAUCUGAAGCGGGUAGCAGCUCCAAAGCAUUGGAUGCUGGAUAAAUUGACCGGUGUGUUUGCUCCUCGUCCAUCCACCGGUCCCCACAAGUUGAGAGAGUGUCUCCCCCUCAUCAUUUUCCUAAGGAACAGACUUAAGUAUGCCCUGACAGGAGAUGAAGUAAAGAAGAUUUGCAUGCAGCGGUUCAUUAAGAUUGAUGGCAAGGUCCGAACUGAUAUAACCUACCCUGCUGGAUUCAUGGAUGUCAUCAGCAUUGACAAGACGGGAGAGAAUUUCCGUCUGAUCUAUGACACCAAGGGUCACUUUGCUGUACGUCGUAUUACACCUGAGGAGGCCAAGUACAAGUUAUGCAAAGUGAGAAAGAUCUUUGUGGGCACAAAAGGAAUCCCUCAUCUGGUGACUCAUGAUGCCCGCACCAUCCGCUACCCCGAUCCCCUCAUCAAGGUGAAUGAUACCAUUCAGAUUGAUUUGGAGACUGGCAAGAUUACUGAUUUCAUCAAGUUCGACACUGGUAACCUGUGUAUGGUGACUGGAGGUGCUAACCUGGGAAGAAUUGGUGUGAUCACCAACAGAGAGAGGCAUCCUGGAUUUUUUGACGUGGUUCACGUGAAAGAUGCCAAUGGCAACAGCUUUGCCACUCGACUUUCCAACAUUUUUGUUAUUGGCAAGGGCAACAAACCAUGGAUUUCUCUUCCCCGAGGAAAGGGUAUCCGCCUCACCAUUGCUGAAGAGAGAGACAAAAGACUGGUGGCCAAACAGAGCAGUGGGUGAAAUGGGCCCCUGGGUGCCAUGUCAGACCUUUGUACGUAAUUAAAAAUAUUGUGGCAGGAAAAAAAAAAAAAAAAAAAA